CUGAAUUGAAUGCAAUUGAAUGAGUGACUGAAUGACAAAACACUUGACAUCGCAUUGAAUGCACUGUUUAUACGACUUUUAACUAUCAUUUAAAACACUAAUCAUUAACACAAAAGCCAUUAAUUGUAUGACAAGUGCAGUGAAUAUAGUGUGUAAUCAUAGCAUACAUUGCAUUCACUGUUCACACAGUGUUUAGUCUAUUUGUAAUCAAAGUGUGUAUUGAGUGCUAAAAUGAACCAUUCCUCUGGUGUCUCAUUAUCUCGUCAGUGAAUACAGCGUUGGCGACAACAACACCACACGUGGAUAUCAUGGGCUCCACACCAGACAUACCGUCGCAGAUGUUGCACAAGAAACUUCAAAGAUCUCAUUCGUUAACAAUGGAUGAGUCGAUCGGUGGCGACGAGUCGACCGCUGAUGAUAACGCAUCCGGCGAUCACUCGCUCACGAAACCACUCAUUCAACUGCAGCAGGACUUGGAUGAGAGCGCCGACAACAGCAGUAACAACCAAGAAGUGGAUGACAACGAGUCGACAGUGGGUCUGAAGCUGAAGAUGUCGUGCGAGAUGUGUAAGAACUAUGAGAUCCAACUCCAGGAGAUGCAGUACAACGAAGUGGUGAUGAGUUUGCAGUUAGAGAACUACGAGAAGACCAUUAAGCAGUUGAGGGAUGAGUUGAAAAAAGAGCAAAACUUUCGCUCAGAUCUCGAGGAGAAGUUCAACGACGAGGCCAAGAGAGCCGACAAAGACAUCCGAGAGCUGUGCCUUCGCGUGGAUGAGAGUCAACGCACGAUCGAUGUGCUGGCGAAGAGUCAUCAGGAGUUGCGGAAAGAGGCGAACGAUAUCAUCGGGAACCUCAUGACACAGAUGGAGGAGUCGGGCAAAGAGCUGAACCGCAUUCAGACCGACAAUAACCUACUUCUGGGUAAAUAUGUGGCCAAAAGUCAGACGCUUCAGAACGAGACCAUAGAUCUGCCGCAAGAUAUGGACGAAAUGCAGUUCUAUUGCCUGAAACUGCGCGAAGAGUUGAUCACAACUCUCGUGGCGAAGGAGAGGAAUGAGGAGAAGUUCAAGAGUGAGAUACUGUUCCUGAAGGAGCAGAUGAUUGGCGAACAGCAGACCAAAGAGACCAUUGAGGAGAGUCUGACGCAAGACAACGAUAUGUUGCGGUCGACGGUCGAGUCGCUGCAGACGGAGCUUAAGGACGUUAAGGGAAGGUAUGAGGAGAACGAGCAGCAGUUGUACCACUGCUCCGACAGGUUGUCCAGACUGACCGAUAAGUCGCAGCACCGGAUCCAGGAGUUGGAGAUUCAGAACAAUGAUCUCAGCGCCGCAAAGGCGAAAUUCGAGUCCGACAACUCUGACCUCAGGAAUCAGGUGCAGAGCCUUCAGGUGGAACUGGACAACAGCGAAGCCGUACAAAAGGACUUUGUUAAGUUAUCCCAGUCGCUACAAAUCCAAUUGGAAAAGAUUCGCCAAUCGGAUAGUGAGGUGCGUUGGCAGCACGAGGACGACAUCGUUGAGUGUAAUUCCUGUAAAAAGGCGUUCCACUCGAAAAAGGAGAAAUCUCACUGUUGCCAUUGCGGGCGUGUAUUCUGUCACGAAUGCAAUAAUAAAGUGAUUUAUAGCGGACCAAAGAGCCGGCCAUUCAAAGUGUGCGGCGUUUGCCACACGUUGUUAGAUAACCAGACGGCCUGUUGGUUCGUCAAUGAGGCCCCGCAAAGCCCCACCUGAUCAGCGACGCAACCACCCGUUCCCCUCAUACACUACCCCCGCACUCACUCGCUCACCCCUCACAUGAGAUUCGCGUUUUAUAGUCUCGUAUUUGUUUUGUCCGUUAAUUG